CGUGGAGGAUGCCGCUCCGAGAUGAAGCCGCGCGCCUGAUCGCAGAUCGCAGAACUUUCCCGAGAAACGAGUGAAUUAUGGAAGGAUCAAUCUCCGGCGUGACGCGGGAGCGCGGCGCCUGCACCUGAGGUACACGAAGCGACGCGCGCUGCGCCGGCCGCGCCGUGGGAAUGGAUACCAGCAAUUUCCUGCUGGGAAUAUGCAUCUUCCUCUUGCCGCUCAGUGGGUUUGCGUCUCCCUCAACGCCGGUGGACUUUUGUCCCGGGCGCUGCGAAUGCCAGCACCCACAGCACCUCCUGUGCACCAACCGCGGGUUGCGCACAGUGCCGAAGCCCGGGGCGCGCGUUCCCGAGGACGUGCUCAUCCUCAGCCUGGGGGGCAACUUCAUCUCUAACAUCUCAGCCUUCGACUUCGCACGGUACAGCAAUCUCCUCAGAUUAAAUUUGCAGUUCAACCAAAUAGGAGUCAUUCAUCCAAAAGCGUUUGAGAAGCUCUCAAAGUUGGAGGAGUUGUAUUUGGGACAUAAUCUUUUAACAAGGAUACCUGCAGGAACACUGCAGCCUUUGAAGAAAUUGACAAUUCUGUAUGGAAAUAACAAUGGCAUAAAGAAAAUUACACCUGGGCUCUUCUCCAACUUGGAUAAUCUUGUUAAAUUGCGUCUGGAUGGUAAUGAAAUAGAAGUUCUGCAGGAUUCGGUUUUCAGAAGUUUGACCAAUUUACAUUAUCUUCAUCUGGAAUCGAACCAACUGCAGCACAUCCACAGAAACACUUUUUCUAAACUAACCAACCUGCGCUUUUUAGAUCUGUCCCAGAACAAGCAGUCAGCUGUGCGCAAUGUGGUCACUUUCUCCCAACUCAAAGCUCUGACGACUCUGCUGCUCUCCGAGAAUGAAAUCCAGUACAUCGGAAGCCACGUCUUCCAAAAUCUGAAAAAGCUGUCCAAGCUUUCGCUGAGCAACAACAAAAUCUCCCGUCUGGACAGCAGCGCUCUGAAGGGGCUGUCAAGUCUCAGAGAGCUUCUGAUUGAUGGCAACGAGCUGGAGGAAAUCCCCGCUGGUCUCCUGGACCCUCUGGAGCGCAUCGAGAAGCUGGACUUCAGCCACAACCAGAUUUCCAACGUGGACUCUUUGGCCUUUUCUAGACUCAAACAUCUAAAGGUCCUAAAGUUAAAGAAUAACUUUCUCACCAGUCUGUCCGGUGACAUUUUUGCGCUCAACAACGUGCUUUACGACUUGGAUCUCCAUGGCAAUAACUGGACGUGCGACUGUCGCCUGGAGGAGCUGAAGAGAUGGAUGACUGCUGCACAUUCUCAGGGCAAGUUGUUGACUGUAUUCUUGCAAUGUCAUUACCCAGCAACUCUGAGGGGGAAAUAUUUGGACUAUGUGAACAGCUCCCAGCUGCAGCCCUUUGGGAACUGGACUCACUUGUGUAGGAGUAGAGCUGGGCCUGAGGAAAGCAGGGGAGGGGGGGUGCUAGUAAAGGUAGAGGGCAAAGUGAGGGGAGAGGGGGGGGAAACAGCACAUAGUGAAGACGGUCAACAAGAGAAAGAAGAGAGAAAGGUGGAUGAAGUAGUCACAACUGAAGGGAACACGAACGGAUUAGUGACAAGGAACGAGGGAGCAAGAAAGAAAACAAAAGGAAAGGAAGCGGUGGGAAUCCAAGGAGACCAAGGGGGAGCAGAGGUGGCAGGGUCUUCUUCAUUUUUUGGCAGAGUAAAACCACCAAAGGAGUCAUCCAGUCAAAGGUCACGACCUGUUCCAAAGGCAGCUGGGAAACGCACUAAGGGGAGACGAAGGCCAAAUGUUUUUUCCAAAACUGACCCGUCGGCCACCUCCGCACCAAGCAACGCAACGGACAUCCGGCUAACCACCGCUCACCCGGCGCAGACAGCGGAAAAGUUUGAGCUUCUCAGGUCGGCCCAGAAAGACCCUCUUCCGGUCGUAACCGAUCCUUGUGAGUUCAACCGUCAUUUCAUCACUAAUGUGUCGGUGGACCAGGUGACGUCCGCCACUGCCACGGUUUACUGGACAACCAGGGAUCACAGUCGCUACACACCUGGACCCGGGCCGGGCUUUGACGAAGUUCACUACCGGGUUCUGUUUGACAGGUUCGGCACUCCGGACCGCUUUCCUCGCUACGUGUACGCAGGUGGCGCGUCUCGAUCCGUGGUCCUGCGGGAGCUCAGCUCGGACGUGACGUACAUGGUGUGUGUGGAGGGAGUGGUCGGAGGAUCCGUGUGCCAGGUCGCACCCCGGGACCACUGCGUGGGUCUGGUUACUCACCCCGGUGGGGUCAGCCCCGGAGUCACCCUGACCUCUGACCUCCAGGUCGUGACAGUGGCGACGCUGGCGGGGAACGCCGUGCUGCUGCUGGUCGUCGGCGGCGUCUGGCUGGGGAGGAGCGUGAGGAGGAGGCUGCAGAGGAGGAAGUCGGCCGUGCACGUGCGGCACAUGUACUCCACCAGACGCCCGUUUCGUCCCGCCGUGCCCACGGCCUCCGUGUCCGCCGACUUCACCACCUACCAGAGCAGUCGACCGGCACGACUCGCGCCGCUGGAGGAAGGGGACCUCAUAGAGUUCCCCUGCGAUCGCUUCCUGGACAGCAGCACCGCUCGGAGAGACAACGACAUGCAGAGAUUCUCUGACUAGAACUGCACUAGACUCAAAACAAAACACUGUAAAAUAGAAAACAUGUGAUUUUUGUUUCUUUGCUUUAGCUUUUAGAAUGCCACAUCAUCUCAGUAGCCAUGGUGCAGAGCCAUCAGCGUGUCGUAGGUGUGUUUGACGUGUCAACAGUUGCAAAUAGUAUCAUUUUUUAGGAUUGAAGUGACCAAAGAACAGUCAGGUUCAUUGGGGCCUUUUCAGACAGAAGAGGAAGUCCAAUCCCUCUGACUUCCCCUUCCUGCUUUGUGCCUUUCCUCUUUCAUUUCCUUGCACCUGUGAGUGUUUCUAAAUGUGUGAUUUGUUCCAAGUGCAGCUUUGUAUGCAUGGAUGAUGUGCCACUGAUUUCAACUAUGGUGCUAAUUUUGAAUUAACAGACAUCAUAUUGUCUCAUUAUUGUACAGUAUGUAUUGAUGGCUGCUGGUUGGCAGA